AUGGCUGACAUUGAUGUUCGUAUUCUACAGCGUUCUGUGACAGAAUUCUUGAAUGCAGACAUCGAGAGGCCCAUUCGCAUUCAUGAAAGACGGAAAAAUGUGUACGAUGCUGAAAGAAUGGAAUCAGCACUGUUAGAUGAUGAGAUUGCUGCCGUAACGAAAUUGAACGCGCAAACACCUUUGGAUGACGAAAUACGGAGCGGUGUUUUCCUGAUUGCAAGCUGUCUGCUGGCUUCGCUGCUGGUUGUCAGCCAUGCAGCGACUCUCAGACAGCGCCAUAUGUUGCUGGUAGCAAACGCGGGCUGCAGCGGUGCGGGAGAGCCGUUCCCCAACCCUGAUGACUGCGGCAGCUUCCUGCAGUGCGAGGCGUCGGGCGUCGCAGCGGUCAAGCAGUGCCCCGCCGACCUGCACUUCAACGCGAAGCUCAAAGUAUGCGACUACCCGUGGUCCGCCAACUGCAAGGAGGCGGACAGCUCGUCUUCGGACAGUUCUUCUCAAGAAGACGACGAUUCCUCAUCUGAAGAGGCAGACAAGGCCGUUGCUAAAGUCAGUAAGAAACUAGAGUCAGGUGCACCAGCAAAGAAACUAAAGGCCAUUUCUCUUCAUGCCUAA